GUGAGAAAGCAAGCAGGUGUUCAGAUCCCAGAAUGCGGUUUGUGCUUGGGGGGAUACCUGCAUACAUCAAACUCAUACCACCCGUCCUGACGCAGAUCACUGACUCGGACUACAUUUAUUCGGUCAUUUCGAACUCUCGACCCGUGAGGCUCGAACACUUGCAUACAACAACCACAUUAGCUGUCUUCUCUCCCUCUCCGGUCUUGUAGUUCCAAAACAACCACAUCCAGGAGUACACACCGCAGAUGCAGGCAGCUGACAGUGAAAUCACCACCAACAAUCAUACACACUGAACCACCACAAUGGAGCAAAUAGUCACAUUAAAAGACUAUGCUACCACACCGACAGCCAUGGAGGACGUUAGACGAACCACAAAACCAGCUAUGAUCGAUCUACAAGACGCUAUCCUUCCACACGACGACCUUCUCAACCCAGAUAGCCCAACAACACUCGACAUCACAGCCGCUCCACACGACGAACUUCUCAUGGAAUUUUCCUCGGCAGCAUCAGCAUCAAACACCUCCUCAAACUUCAUCGGCCUAACCAAAGGACCCGACCUCUUCGCCCUUCCCCUCUCAGUCGGAAUCGCCGUCUCAGGAAUCCUCGUCAACGACGCCACCACCCUAACCGAACCCUUCCUCCCAGGCGACCACGUAAUGGCCUGUAUCCUCCCCCCAAAACCCGUCCUCCUCUCCGCCCACAACUACAACCUCCGCCUCCGCAUCCAAACCAACGCCGCCCUCGAAGUCCCCGACACAAUGGCCCCCGAACAAGCAACUUCCUACAUGACCUCCCUCCUCAUCGCCGCCAGCAUCCUAAAAGAACAACUCCACAUCCCCCUCGUUCGCACCCCCUCCGCUUCCCCAGACCCCGCUGCUGAUUCCGGAAUCGCUUCGUAUAACAAUAAACGCAUCCUCAUCGUCGGAGGCCAAACCCCCCUCGCCGCGGCCAUGACCCAACUCCUCCGCCGCGCCCUCCCCGAAACAAAAAUUUUGCUGACAUCCUCCAUCCCUUGCCCAUCCACCCUCCGCCACCGCACCGACCAACUCAUCCAUUUAGGCGCCAGCUACGCCGUUGACGGGGAGAUUUCGAAUCUUUCCGACGUUUUGCCCCCGAGUGUGGAUAUUCUAAUCAAUUGUGUGGCGGGGAUGGAAGUGAGGAAGGAGGUUUUGGGACUGUUGGAUGGUUUGCAGAAAUUUGUCGAUGUUACGGGGAUGGAUGUUGAGGGUGCGGUGGCGGCUUUUGUGGAGUUGGAGCCGGAUUGUGUUACGAGUUUGCAUGGGGAACUUUUGAGGGCGGGGGAGGUUUUUGGCGGGGUUGAGGAGGAGGGGUUUUGAGGUUGGGAAGGAAGGAGGAUGGAAGGGAGGGUGGAGGGUUUGGUUGGGUUGGUUAUGGUUGUAUGAUGAGACGGAUGGAUGGAUCAUGGUCGUGUAUAGUACGUCCUCUCUCUUGUGUUUUGUUUUUGUUAUUGUUGUUGUUUGAGCGAGAUACCCAUGAAUAAUGAAUAUGCAAACUCCAAAAAAACUUAUACAUUCUACCAGGUACAGUCGGACUUCCAAGAUCUCGUGAUUUUUCCCCAAAUUUCCAAACGCCUUCCAUUCACCCAACUCCAACCCCCCCCUUUUUUUCAAAAUCAAAUCUCCCCCACCUUCCCCCCCGUAUCAAACGUCCCCUCAACAACAUGUGCAUACUGAUCCUCCAUGGCGGCCAAUAUCGCCCUAUCCUUCUCUAAUACCGCUUCCUGCGCCGCGAUUUUCUCUUUUAACAACAUUAUAAGGUUGUUCUCUCGCCCUUUGAUAUACAUGUCCUCCGCGGCUUUUUCGCGUUUCGUCCAGCUGUCGCCGUGUAAGCGGGGAGCUCCCGUGUCGCCUUCUGCGUAGGAUUUUGUAAGGGUGAGGGUGAAGGGGCGUUUGUAGAUGGUUGGGGAGGGAGGGUGGAUAUGGAGGGGUUUGUGUGGGAGGAGGCGGCGGAGAGGGAGGGACAUGGUUUUGAGGGGAUGUGGGUUUUUAUAUGUGUGAUUUGUUGUGGGUGGUCUUAGGAUGAUGGCUGAUGAGUUGGCUUCUUUUGUUGAUAGAGACUUGGGAUUCUUCUGUGCUCGUAUGCUCGAAAGUGA